AGCUCGUCAUCUCUUUUCUUUCGCAUCUUUUUCAGUAUUUUAUAAUAACAGCCAUUUUCCUGUGUGCAUCUCCAUCAUCUACACCUGACCAAAUUACAGAUGUUUAAGAUGCCUAGGUUUGUCCAAACGUCCCCGAACCGCACACACGUAUCAAGUCAACACCCUUCACUUCCUUUCUCGUCUGGCCUUCAAGGAGACGUCUCGAAGAAAGGAUAUGGAAUCAGGCCGACUCAGACAUUGGCGUAUAGAGUCAUUGAGUAAGACAGGAAUGGUAACAUUCUGAAAGGGCGGAGUUGUUAGCAAAUAUCUAAGGGUUCUCGAUCAAAUCAGUUCAUUUUCCGCCCCUCGCAAUACUCGAUACCAUUCCUCUUACGGUCCCAUUAUAUUUCUCGGAAAAGCUUACCAACGUAAGUCAGAUAUACUCAGUGGGCCAGCAAUCUGUCCCCUAGGUUGUUGAUCGUGGCCUGGCCAAGACCGAUCGAAAUAGAAUUAACCGCCGGCAGCAAGUAUCGCAGCUUUUAGCCGUCUUAUUAUUAUCAACAGAAAAAUGCAGGCCAAACAACAAACUUUCUUUCCCCGCUACUCAUCGGGGCUCAAUCCCAAUCGCCUAUCCUUGUCCAAAGGCCCACCGCACGGUACAUUCCAGCGGGGGACAGUCUCGAUGCCGGCCUCUCCUUUGCUGGGGACGCAAAGUAUGGGCAACUUUGGUAACAUGGUCGCUACAUGGGAUGCUCCUUAUUCGGCGCAAGAGAUCUUCGAGUUUCCUGGCGGAUUAAGUGAGAGUUUGUCUCCUCUGUUUCCACAACAAAAUCCCGUUUCCGAUACCAACGCAUCAUCACAAGCCUCUCAACCAUGGCUUCAGCUCUCCAAGUCGGCGUCGCCUCAACUCGAUGCUUUUCAUCCUCAACCACCACAAGCCUCUUCUUCAUUCCUCGGUCAAAGUACAUUUAUGAUGCCAACAUUAACAACUACUAUGACGGACUCCCCUUUCCACCUUCAUCCCAAAGAUAUGACUUUGUCGAGCGCUUCUUCUCUUGGGUUAGACGGGGAUAUGAGGUGUAUGAAGGAUUCAGAAAGGUAUGAGGGGUUGAGGAAAGAGACUGUAGAUAACGGAACGCAAAGGAAGAAGAAGAGGGCGCAAGUGAGAGUGGCCUGUACUCAUUGUCAGAAGGCCUGCAAAAAGUGUUCGAAUACUAGGCCAUGUGAGAGAUGCGCUAAAUAUGGCUUACCAGAUUGUGUCGACUCCACACGGAAGCCAAGAAAGACGGGUAUUAAACGGGGCCCGUAUAAACGUCGUCCUUCUAAAUAUACCACGAACGUCGGCCCUGAUACUUCUGAUGCCAACUUACCGCCAACCCAUUCUCAACCGCAAUCUCAGUUUAAAUCCAACCUCCUUCAACCGUUCCAACGCAACAAUUCCCAGCUACCCAACAUGCAUCGUCCUGCCUGUACGGAGAACGGGAUCCCAUCCUAUCCUCCCGGUCCGCGGCUCAACUCUAUUUCAACAGUAGAUUCGUCGUCGUCAUCGACGUCUUUACUCACACAAGCAUUGAGUGCCGCGUUGACCGGGCCGCGCUGGGUAGACGGCCGAAGAGUCUCUCUUUCUGACCCAUCACUCGGCCCUCUCGGAGAUGUAGGGGGAAAUGGAGAGCCAAAGCUCAGUCCGAUGUAUCCACGCACGCCUGCAGGAACGUUCCCUAUGGCGCUUGGGGUUGCUGGCGAUCCAUUUAGUCGGGCUGUGAGUCCGAUACGGCAGUUUGGUAUUGUGGGUAGUAAAGGUGAGAACGGGGGACAUGAAAGGCGGAGGGGCGACAAUGGUGGGAAAAGUGGGGGACCUACUGACGUCGACUUGCCGCAAGUACCGUCUCAUGGCCGACCUUCGCUUUCUAUAACUACCACUCCCCCCUUUGUACCGAAUACUGGUACCAAUACGAAUAUGAAUGGACAUCAGAACCGCCAACGAUACAACCCUAAUCCUAUCCACACACCUUCCACUCUACAUUCUCCGUCUCCGUUAUCAUCUCAGCCUCAGCCACAAUCCCAAGCGCAUGCGCAUGCUCCACCAGGUACGAUGUCUUCGAUGUAUAUCCCGAGCAAGAUUAGGAAACCCAGUUUAUGGACUCUGAUUGCUGCGGAUUCACGAAAUGGUAGUCCGGCUCCUUCCCCUCCUCCUUUCGACCUCUCUCAACCGCAGCCGCAAUCGCAACUUCAAGUUUUCGGUAUGCGAGGGACAGGCACGGGGAAAGGCUUGACGAAUGGGAAUGGGAAUGAUAGUCCGACAUUGUUUAAUCAGCCGAUGGAGAUGGAUCAGGACUUUGAGCCUUGGGCAGGAUGGGGCAGCGCUACAGUUAGGAAGGAUAAAGAUGGAGACGAACGUAGAUCCUUUCAUGGGACGAGCAGAGGUUCGAGAAUAUGGGGUGACAGCACGUCUUACAAAGAUGCCCGUCAAGAAGGGACGAUACUGAGCGGAGAAAUCCAUUCACAUACGUCAGGACGAACACGAGAUGGAGUCGAAGCCGGUACAUGGGGCGCGGGAGAAAGUGUCGAAGGCGUCGGGUUGAACGGUGGGAUGUCCGUUGGGUAUGGUAUGCCGUUAGAGGGGUUGAUGGGGUUUGACUUCAAAUAAGUCAUCUACCCAUCUACUUUUCUGACUUUACUUAGCACGGAAACACGAGAUGUUUUAUUAAAAAUGGCUCUCCAAGCCUACAAAACUUCUAUGAAAUUGAACAUUCAUUACAAACAGAAUUCCUCUCCGCUGUCGUUGGGAAACGAGAAGGGGUAAUUUUGAGGUUUAAUCAUGUAAAGACUUGAUGAAGCAUGUCGUUUCGUUGGUGUUCCACGCUAUGCUGCUUGUCCUUUUCUUACUGUCAUGUCUUCUAUCCUGCUUGUCGCCCCCUCUCUUCGAGCAUCUUUUC